AUGGCACAGGCAAACCUAUCAGGAGAUACAGGGAAACAAACUGAGAUCCUUGCACAAUUACGAUGCGUGGCAGGUUGGACAGAUAAGAUUCACACACAGUUGAUACUUAUCUCAGCAUUCAACAUUUUCCUGUCCGUUACUGCAUUUCUUGGUAACACCUUUAUACUAGUCGCCCUUUUCAAACAAUCUUCCCUUCAUCCACCGUCCAAACUCUUGUAUCGUUGUUUGGCAACAACUGAUCUUUGUGUCGGCCUUAUUACUGGGCCUAGUCACGUUGCUUAUAUGCUGUCACUGGUUGACCAGAACUUGCAUUUUUGCCGCUAUGCGCUGAGCAUGAGCUUCAUAGCAGGCUUCUCUCUGUCUUCAGUCUCUCUGCUAGCAAUGACUGCAAUAAGUGUGGAUAGACUUCUCGCCCUGUUGCUGGAGCUGAGAUACAGACAAGUUGUAACCAUGAAGCGAACAUGUGUGAUUGUAAUUAUGUUUUGGGUCGUGUCAAUAGUCACUGGGGCAUCGUACUUUUUUAAUCACCGCAUAGCCAUUUGGUAUAGUUAUAUUGUUAUACCACUGUGUCUUGCAACAGCAACGUUCUCGUACGCAAAAAUUUUCCACACUCUGUACCAUAGCCAUUAUCAAGUACACAUCCAUACUCUACAACAGCUGGGCCAACCACUGAACAUGGCGCGAUACAGAAAGGCAGUGUACAGUGCACUGUGGGUGCAGCUGGCACUCGUUGCUUGCUAUCUUCCAUACAAUAUAGCGAGAUCGGUUCUUCCAAAGGGCGAACUUUCUCCACUGCAGUUUUUAGUCUGGGGAUAUACCGCAACCUUAGUUUACGUAAACUCGUCGCUCAAUCCUAUUCUUUACUGCUGGAAGAUAAAUGAAAUAAGACAAGCAGUGAAGGAGACAAUCACACAAGUACUUUGCUGUCUAUGGAGUUAGUCUUUGCAUGACUUACGACACGAUUUGCUUUUUAGCCGGGUCUCGAUCAGUUUUACUCUUCUGCACUCAAAUUUCUUGAUAAAUCUAAAUUUUAGAAAAAUAACCCUUUGGUUGAAUUUUGCGCCAGAAAUGUUUCACCAUUUUGCAGUUGCUCUCCUAGCAGAUUGGCUCUUUUUGUGAGUUGAUUAACCCUUUCCCGCGAGCCAUUUUUUUUUAGAUAUUUCCACCCCUGUGUGGGACAAAUUUGGGUAUUUUUAAAGUAUGAAAUAUAAAGAUAUAUUCAAUCUUCUAAACAGUUCUAAGCUACAGAGAUCAAAUGUACAUUUAAAAUUCAUCAUUCUACACAAUAUUUGUGCAUUUUGCUAAAAAAAAUCAGUUAAUAAUUGCACUCCGUGUGGUAUUUAAAUAAUCUUCAUAAUUUUCGUCACUUUCUUCAGAAGCAUCCUCUUCAUCGCCAGAUUCGUUCCGCAAUCUAUCUAGAACUAUGUUAAAAGUAAAUUUACUCAUUGCUUGCCAGUUUCAAACGGAAAAAGAACGAAACGAUCACAAUUCACAGGGAGACAACAUGUGCUUGACGAGGAAAAGAUGUUUUGUCGGUUGUUUUGUCAUGUAUCUGACACCAAGUAUACUAAUCUUUACCAGACCCUCAUCAGUUUAAUUGUCUUUACAGUGUGCGGAAGUAUUCAUACAAGUACUAUGUUUUAGCACAUACUGGGUAGGUCCUUGUAUCAUAUGAUUAAUCUGAUAUACGACAUACUCAGUACUUCCUUGUAGCAGUGAAGGGGUAAAAAGAACCCCCUAUCUACAAAACAAUUUUUUUACUACUGUGCUUUGAUAAAUUCCAGCUGUGCGACAGGCAUAUAUAUGAGCUGUAGUUGAAUGAUUUUUUAUCUCAUUUGCAUCUACUGUGAAACGCCUUUGUAGGUAGCUAGAUGCCUCGCUGGAAAUCUUUUUAUUAUCGAUGAAACAAUUUGAGCUUUAAUAAUGACAACGUUAAUUUAUGUUCUUCUAGCAUUCAAAUUUUUGAAUAAACUGAUGGAAACCAACCCAAGGAAGUUCUGUAUCAUGCCUUUUUAGAGAUCCUACCUAUCGGCAAAAAUAUUGGGAUGAUUUUCUUCUGAAGUCUUUCAAGAAGUCUUGGUAACUUGAUAAUACGCAUAUUUCCAAACUCAUCUAUGAAAUAAACACGACUCAAACAGUUGUUUAGUUGACUCAUUUUUCACUAAGAAGCUAGAAAAUUAAUUUCCUCUUUUGGCCGUCUGGAGACGGCCUUUAUAACCAAUUUUUUCGUGCGCUCUCAUUUCUGAUUCUGUUUGGUCAAAUUAUCUUAAUGGCAUGCUUAUAUAUGUUGUUCCGUAUCUGUAUAUUUCAGUUUUGCUAAAUUCCUGCCUUUAGAUUUCGUCAAUGCGUCAAAUUUGUUGUAAAAUAUUCAUCUUGUAUUAUUCUUUUCCUUUAUAGGCUCAAACAUUUUCAGAGAUACGUUGCUGCAGUCAGAAUACAAGAGCUAUCGCGCGUAUAUGCAGUUGUCUCAAAAAAAUAAUUUCUUCAAAUGAUACAGCGUGCGUGACAUUUCCAAAUUGUUUUACAAGUCAUGUCAAGAGGGCGUGGAGCUUACUGAAGAAGCACUGAAUAAAACUUGAAUAUUGAAAAUGAAACUUAAAGAUUGAAAAUAAAACUUGAAUUUUGGCAGGGAUUGAACGCCAUAGAUAAUUGAUUGUCAAAUUUGACAUAUUUGAUCAUAUCUUGCUGUUGACUUACAAGAAACCUUGACAUGAAGAUUACAUAGCAAAUCCUCAAGGUAUCCUCGAAGAUUAAAGCUUCCCUAGAGAUUGAAGAACAUAAGGCACGUUGCGGCGGGAAUAAUGGCUCAAGUGAAUCUAUCUGGGCAUAGCGGAAAACAAACCGAAACACUUGAAGAACCACAAUGCGUGGCUGGAAGAGCACAUGAAAUACACUUGCCCGUAAUAUUUCUCGCUGCAGCGAACAUUAUUCUGUCUAUAAAUGCAUUUCACGGCAAUACUCCCUUUAUCCGCCAUCCAAACUUAUGUUUAGUUCUUUGGCAAAGACAGAUUAGUUAUUUGUCUUGGCCUGAUUUCACAGCCUUCUAUCGUUAUGAAUUGGCUGUCUUUGCUUCACGAAGAAUGGAGUCUGUCUCUAUGCAGAACUUACUAAUUUUGAAGCAGCUUAUAAUAUAUCAUCAGUCUCUCUCUUAACAGUGACGGCAAUAAAUGUGGACAGAACAUCGGUCUUUUUUAUCACCCUAUAGCCGUCCGGUAUGGCCAUAUCGGUAUAUCACUUUGCCUUAUUACAGCAACGUUAUAGUACAAAAACAUUUUUCACCUCCUCCAUCGUAACAAAAAUCAAGUGCAUGCUCUACAGCAGCCGAACCUACUGACUUCACUGAACGUGGUACGAUACGAAAAGGCAGUAUACAGUGCACUGCGGUGGCAGUUGGUUUUUAGUCGGUUGCUAUUUACCGUACGGUAGAAAUGUGAUUCACAAAAAUGAUAAACUGAAAUACGUUCACUGCAUAACUAUUAUUAGAUUAAACGAUUUGGCUGAAUCUGUGCGAGCUCUCUAUGAUUUCAAAGAUGAUAUUUGUGUAUUAGACUUUCAGAAUAUUUGUUAUAAAUAUUAUGGACCCUUUUUAUCGUAAAGCAACUGGUAACUUGCUCUUAUCUGAUUCAAUACUUUGGUAAGUUUCAUUUAUUGUUAUGUAAUUAAGGAUUUUAAUUAGUGAAGUCAAUGAAUAGUGCUAACUCAUCAACCUCUUUACACAGUUUUCUUUGUUUGGAGAAAUUAGCACCAUCAUGAUGCUUUAAAAUUCGAACGAAAAUAAUGUGUCUAUUUUUUAUCAACAAGUCCUAAACAAAAUGAGAGAUAGAAUUUUCUCUUACCCGUCUAAUGACAGUCUUUUAUAAUAAUGGGUAACUUAGUAUCAUCAACUGAGUUGACAGCGUAAAGAGUUUCAAAGCUGACGUUUCAAGCUUUAGCCCUUCGUCAGGGCGAAUCAGAGUGAAACAGGGUAACUUAGUGCUAUUAACUGAGUUGAUAACGUAAAUAGGCCACCGUAAAGAGUUUCAAAGCUGUCCUUUCGAGAGUUAGUCCUUAGUUAGGGUGAAGAGCUAACGCUCGAAACGUCAGCUUUGAAACUCUUUACGGUGGCCAAUUUACGUUAUCAACUCAGUCGAUAAUAUUAGAUUACCCUGUUAUACUCUUCCACCGACGUAGCACCACAGUAUCUUUAGAAACUUGCCCUCUUUUAAAAAAACCCGAUUUUUCGUGAAAGUUAAUUUCCGAUUCUGCUCUGUCAAAUAAUCUUGAUCAUUGUUACAUUGUCUACCGUCCCGUAUAUUGCUUAUGUCGCUCAAUUUGUUUUCAACAUUUCAGUUGUGUUGAGUUUAUGUAAUAAGUUUGUGUGACAGAGUCAAAUUGUUUGUAAAACAUUCUUAUUUUUCUUUGCCCUUUUUACACUGUAUCAUGAAUAAAAUCGAGAGAUGAUUGCAGAAGUAUUAUAAGGUGUCUGAAGAGGCAUCCUUUUUAGGCCCAAAACAUUUCAAGUAAAGCAAACACCCCGCUUUCGCGCGAAACAUUUAUUAUGCACCGGAGAUACGAUCAAGUCGAUACCAUUGCUAUAUCGUGUGUACAUACAGCUGUCUCGAAAAACUCUCUCCUUAAAAAGUCCAUAGCGAGCACAAAAUUUCCAAAUUGCCUUGCGAGUCAAUGAUCGAAGGGUCACAUAAUAAAGAGAGAGCACCGUUCGUAUUCUAUGAUUUACGGUUUCUCGUUGGAUAAAAUAUUCUACAACUGAUAGGCAUCCGUUUUCCGUUUGACGUGUGUGACAAGAUCGUGACCAGUCGAUGAGUUAUUAUCACAAAAGGUCCUGACAUGAAAAUUAUGAAAAAACCUGAAGUGACCCUCGGAGAUGCAAGCUUCCCUACAGAUUGAAAAGCAUGAGGAACGUUGCUGAGAAAAUAAUGGCACAGGUGAACCUAUCUUCUGAAACUGCAAAACAAAGCGAAACACUUGCACGACUGCGAUGCGUGGCAGGAUGGGCAGAUGGAAUACACAAGUCAAUAAUAACUCUCUCAAUCAUUAACAUUUUUCUGUCCAUUACUGCAUUUCUUGGAAACUUCCUGAUCUUAGUCGCACUCCAUAAGGAGUCAUCUCUUCAUUCGCCAUCCAAAUUUCUGUAUCGUUGUCUGGCAACAACUGAUCUCUGUGUUGGUCUGAUUUCAGAGCAUUCCGCCGUUAUGUACUGGCUGUCCUUAGUUAACGAAUAUUGGAAUUUUUGUCUCUUUAUGCUAAUCACACAUUUUGUAGCAGGUUUUAUAUUAGCAUCAGUUUCCCUUUUGACAAUGACCGCAGUGAGUGUAGACAGACUUCUUGCCCUAAUUUUGGGGCUGAGAUACAGACAAGUUGUGACUUUAAAGCGAACAUAUUUGCUUCUUAUCAUCUUUUGGAUUGUUUCUUCGAUUCUCGUGCGACAUCGUCCUUUGUGA